ACCAACACCUACAAAUUAUCAAUCAUCCAAUUGUUCUACUAUAACUUUUCAAUAGGAAUGGCAAUGGGGCAGGUCCGGGGCGGGUUUCUUGAUACCCAGACCCGCCCCGUGGCAGGUCGGGUAAUUGAUCACGGGUCGCGGGUCGGGGCAGGUCGACCCAAUGGGUAUGCAAUUUAUAUUAAAAACAUUAUAAAUAUUCGUUAUUUUUAUUAUAAGACUAAGAAAACAAACAAUAUUAUGACAAUUGCAGUUAAAUUAUUGGAGAAAUUGAGGUUUUUACUAAUUUACAACUUUCUUAUAGCUAAAAUAUGAUGCAAUAAAAGGAAAAUACUAAGUAAUUUGACUAAGAUUACAUGUAAAUUAGACAAGAACGGGUCGAGAAUGGGGCGGGUCAGGGCAGGUCGGGUCGAUGAGACUACCCAUGCCCGCCCCGCCGCGCUUACGGGGCGGGUCGGACCCGCCCCGAAACAGGUCAAACAGGUCGGGUAAUACGGGUCAGGUCGAAAUUGCCAUCCCUACUUUUCAAGUAACUUAAUUACAUUCAAAUCUAUUAUUAAGCCAAAUACAUGUCUCCAAAUUUUAUGAAAUUUAUAAAUUCUGAUUAUUUGUUUCCCUCCUCCACCUAAUCCUCUUUUCUCAAUGGUGCUAAAUUUUUAAUGGGGCGAUUUCAAUUUGCAAGGAUUCAUGCUCUUCUCCAUAUUUUUCCUUCCUUCAAAAUAACAAUACUUCUUGCAUCUCUCCAUUGCUGGACAAGAUUGUUCUAGUCUUUGGCCUUUUCUUUUUUUCGAUGAACACUUUGGCCUUUUCUUUGUGAAACUACUUCUUGUUGGAGUUUCAUCACAUUUCACAAUCACCCCCAAUUCCCAUAAUUCUAAUCUAUCUCUCCCACUGUUGUUUGUUUCCUUCCCCCUCCAUUUGAUUAUUCCAUUUUCUGUCCUUUCUUCUUCUCUCAACUCUUCAAUUUUGAUUCUACAUAUCUUCACACAUUAAUUAUUAGCCCAUUCACCAUUUCUCCCAUUCCCCUCCUAUCUCCAUUCACAUAGCAAAAAAAAAAAAAAAAACUCCAAUUUCUUGAAGCCCUCCUCUAAUGGCUCAGCAGCAAGAGCCAAGACCAUUGCCAAAAUUUGGGGAGUGGGAUGUGAACAACCCAGCAUCAGCAGAAGGGUUUACAGUGAUAUUCAGCAAAGCCAGAGAUGAGAAGAAGACUGGAGGCACAACUGGAGCUUCUGGAGCUGCAUCGCAAAGGAAUAAAACUCCUUCUAAAAAAGAUGACCAAUAUCAAGACUCCCCAACCAAGAAAUGGUUUUGCUGUUUCUAGGAACGGAAAAGGUUUGAUUUUGAUCUUUAGUGUGCGAUAAGUGGAUGGAGAUGCAAAGAUGGGAGAAGAUGGAGGAUUGAAAUUGGAUAGCAUCUCCUUUUGUUGUACUAGAAAAGAGAAGGUUGCUGCUGUUUUGGAAAGUUUGCAGUGCCUUUCAUUAGGGAGAUGGAGAAGAAGAGCAAUUGUCCAAUUUUCAACUCCCACUUGAUUUUUUGAGUUCAAUGUUCAUCCCCACAAUGUUUUCUUAUAUCUCUCUUAUUCUGGUUCUUUGAUGUGUAAUAUACCAUCACAAGGUUUUCUUUUAGGAGUAACAAUUAUUGAAGGAUUUUGAUCACAAAUUUGCCUACUCAACCUUCAUUUUUCUAUGAAUGCAUGUUGAUGGUCUAAUAUGGUUUGAAUUGAUGCAAAGUAUUAACCUUUAAAUUCUUUCUAGGUGUAUGCAUGAUGUUGGGAUCCAACACAAAACUAUAAAAAAAAAAGAGCGUAGGAAAAAGAAUUAUAUUAAAGCUACAUUUCGAUCGGAUUUGGUUGAACAUAAUUACUUUUUUUUUUCAUUUUCUCAAAGGUAUUGAUAAAGUGGAAAUAAAAAUAUUCUUAUACUCAAGAAUAGAAACUAAGGAUUACG